GCAUAGCUCUUUCUUCUCUCCAAUUUGGCGGUCCACUUGCGAUGUGCAUGCUGCUCACGCCGAAACCCGCAUAGCAACCAUUCUGCUUAGAAACAACGAGAAGCCCGUUUGUGACCACUUUCAAGGGCUACCACCGUUAUUAUUAGUGAGACCUAGAGACCUCACGCGCACGCACACUUAUUGUCGUUGUCGUCUGAAAUAUGGAUUCUGCCGACCCGAAUGAGCCAACUUUUCCUUGUCCCAUUUGUGAUCGGAGAUUUAUCAAAUCUAGUUUGGAAAAACACGAAUCGGCAUGUAGAAAGCUUGCAUCACUCCACCGAAAACCAUUUGAUUCUGGAAAACAGAGAGCUAGCGGAAGUGAUCUGACCUAUGCGGAUAUCAAAAAAGUUCAACAUGAGAAAAAUAAGAAUGGUGGCGUGUUUCCGAGACCACAAACAAACUGGCGUGAACGUCAUGGUAACUUCAUAGACGCGGUUUCAUCAUCGAAACGUGUUGAUUAUGCGUUGAAAACAGGCGCACCGCUUCCGCCUCCACCAAAAACUGCGGUUCCCAGUGACUAUGUGCAAUGCGAAUACUGCAGUCGAAACUUUAAUGCUGCAGCAGCAGAAAGACAUAUUCCAUUCUGCAGAGAACAGGCAACGCGAAAACAAGGCGGCAAUUUGAAAUCCUCUGGCGGAAAUCGCGCGCUCACCGGCAACUACAGAAGCACGCCUUCGAAAAAUGAAGGAAAAAAACAAGAGUCGUCAAGUAGAAACGGAUCUGCAGAGCGGAAACCAACCACAAGAGGAAGAGAUGGAAGUCUUUUAAGGGCUCGUCGAGAUGAUUCAAACGACAUCACUUCAAGAAGGAAGUCUCUGGACACUAGAACUUCUUUAACAACUGGUCAAGCUUCCAACCGGCACACGUCACUUUCGGCAGGAAUGCGCCCAACACUUCCUCCCAUGACUCCUUCUAGCAAAAGAAGUAGCUCUGCAAAACGAGAUGCACCACUACAACAGUCUUCUACUCCACAACAACGCCUAAAAACACCAGCGUCGACUACAACAACAGCGAGUCGUAGUGGUUCGAGAACAUCUUCCAGAGCUUGUCCGCGUGACGAUUCCCGCGACUCCCGUCUCUCUCAAGCCAAAAACAACAGUCGUAAUAAUUCUCGCUCUCGUAUUUUCUGAUUUUCAAAUUCUGUAUACUUCUGUUUUUUUUUAAACUUUUUUGAAUACUUUAACAUAUAAAAAUGCACUUUUCCUGUAAA